CGAAGGCGGUGGCGGCGAGGACGACGGAGACGGGCGUUGAGCUGAGGAGAGCUUCGGCGAGGUAUUCAAGAUGAAUCUUGAAAAACUCAGCAAACCUGAAUUACUGACACUAUUUAGCAUUCUUGAAGGGGAGCUAGAAGCCAGAGAUCUUGUCAUAGAAGCCUUAAAGGCUCAGCACAGAGAUACUUUCAUUGAAGAACGCUAUGGAAAAUACAACAUUAGUGAUCCAUUGAUGGCUCUUCAGAGGGAUUUUGAAGCAUUGAAGGAAGAAAAUUAUGGUGAUAAGCAGCCUGUUUGUGCCAAUCCCUUGUCCAUCCUGAAGGUAGUGAUGAAACAUUGCAAGAAUAUGCAAGAGAAAAUGUUGUCCCAAUUAGCUGCUGCAGAGAGCAGGCACAGAAAGGUAAUCUUGGAUCUCGAAGAAGAAAGGCAGCGGCACGCCCAAGAUACUGCUGAAGGAGAUGAUGUCACAUACAUGCUGGAAAAGGAGCGAGAGCGGCUUACACAACAGCUGGAAUUUGAAAAGUCCCAGGUGAAGAAGUUUGAGAGAGAGCAGAAAAAGCUGGCUAGCCAGUUGGAAGAGGAACGCACACACCACAAGCAGCUUUCUUCCAUGCUUGUGUUGGAGUGCAAGAAAGCCACAGCCAAAGCUGCAGAGGAGGGCCAGAAGCUUGGGGAACUAAACAUGAAGCUGGAGAAGGAAAGAAGCAAAGUGAUCCACCUGGAGGAGGAGCUAGCAGCCAAGAAGAAGAGGGGCUUGCAAAUAGAGGCACAGGUAGAGAAGCAGCUAUCUGAGUUUGACAUUGAACGGGAGCAACUGAGAGCUAAACUGAACCGGGAAGAGAACCGCACCAAGGUCCUGAAAGAAGAAGUAGAGAAUCUGAAGAAAACACUGAAAGAAUUAGAGGCUUCUUACAAAGCUGGCAGCAACAAGGUUGAGAACACACCACCAAAUGUCCCGAUGGUGUCCACAGCUACUGUCACAGAGGGCUCUUCAGGCAGGUCAGUCGCUUGCCAGACAGGAAGUUCCUUGACAGAAAGCUCCAGCCAGGGAAAUACUGUCAGAGUGGCACACAUGUUAACCCCCAGCUCUGCUACAGCUCCCUAUCUUUAUGCCAAGGCAAAUGGGCACUGUGAUGCUGAUGUACAAACAAGUGUGGAGUCAGGUCAGCCCAGUUUAGAUAAUCUGCAGAAGGGCAAGUCUGUUGGAACAACUACUGAGACUGCCAUAGAAAAUAGCAGCUCCCCAGUAAGAACAGAGUCACUUUCCCCUUCAGUCCCACCAAUCCCUUCCAGUGGGAUAUCCUUAUCUCCAAGCAACACAGCUUCUUCAUCUCUGACAUCCUCCCCAUGCUCCUCUCCAGUCUUGACUAAACGUUUGGUUGGAACAUCAGCCAGCAGCCCCAGCUACCAAUCUUCCUACCAAGUGGGAAUCAAUCAGCGCUUCCAUGCUGCUCGUCACAAGUUCCAGUCCCAAGCCGAUCAAGAUCACCAAUCAAGUGGCCUCCAGAGUCCUCCGUCCAGGGAUCUGUCACCCACCCUUGUUGAUAAUUCUGCCGCAAAGCAGCUCGCACGCAAUACAGUUACUCAGGUUCUGUCCAGGUUCACCAGUCAGCAGGGUCCUAUCAAGCCAGUCUCUCCUAACAGCUCACCCUUUGGCACAGACUACCGAAACCUUGCCAAUGCCAUGAGCCCCAAAAGUGAGUCUAGCCCCGGCAAAGUCUCUAGCCCGCUGAGUCCACUGUCACCUGGAAUUAAGUCACCAACCAUACCCAGAGCAGAAAGAGGGAAUCCUCCACCGAUUCCUCCAAAGAAACCUGGUCUGGCUCCGUCUCCAGCCACUCCCACUCCACCAGCUAAAACCUCUUCUCAGGCUUCCUCUCUAGGGUCUCCUGUGGACUUGGCAAGUAGCUGCUCAAGCAAUGCUGUUGUAGCCAAUGGGAAAGAAAUUGAAAUUUUAUUGCCAACCAAUAGCUAGUCUCUAGAGUAGAAAGUAACAUUCCAAGUGUUUGUCAUUCCUUGAUCUGAAACCCUGUCUUAUCCUCUCCAUGUUAUUUAUUUGGGUAGGAACAACAUCUGUUUGUAUAACACAUUUAGUGUAUCUCCCUUUGUUUUAUAUUACGUAGAAAAUAAUGCGACUUGUGUACAACCUUUAAACACUAGAAUCUUGAGGUGUCUCAUGGCAGCAGGCACAUCAAACAAAGAGAAGCAGUUGAUUUCCCAUGCUGGGAGCUGACCGGUGGACUAUAACAACAAAACCCUUGUUUUUAAAUUAUACAAAAGAACACUCCAUGCAAACCUCCAUUCCAGACAGACAUUUUCUAAGAAGUGCCUGAGCUUAAGCCUGCAGAUAUGAAUGUGAUUCUCUGCAAAACCAGAAGGGAUCAUCCAGCUGCAAAAAGCACUGUUUCUCUGAAUCAUGAAUGUUGAAAUCAACACUGUUCUUAAUCCUUUCCAAUAUUUUUGUUAACAGUGUACUGUAAAAGGAAAUGUUCCAAAGGUGAUCGCUAGACUGGUCAAUUGUUUCCUUGCUAUGAACAAAGUCAUUUAAUGUAAAUGUAUUGUCAGGUGCACUUUGGCCCCGUUGCUGAGCUUUAUGCAACCCAAUCGUUUCCUAUGAUAUACCAGUGGUUGGUUUUUUUAAAAAACACACACACACACACCUUUGGGUGCUUUAAAAAAUCAGGGUGCCAAUUUUUCCCCAGUCAAGUAUCCAUUCCUUACAUAUUUCUCUCAAUAGAGAUAAAAUAGGUGAGACGAAAUCUUGAAGUGUUGGGUUAGUUUUUUAAAAAAAUAUUCUUCACGCAUUCUACUGUUGUGUGUAGAACUUCUGAGAGGAUCUUUGCUUAAAGAUCUUAAUAUUACUUGAAACAAGAAAUGGCUAGAAAUUCUAUACAGGUUUUUACAAUGGAAAGACAGGAUCGAUACUAGAGUGAUCCAAAGCAAUAACUUAAAAAUUGCUCACUAUGUAAUAAUACUGUUUGUCAAGCUGACAUAGGUCUUGCUGACUAAAUUGUGUUUGCUCAUACAAGACCACUGUCCUCUUGGCAGUACUGGAAACCAAAUCAUUAACUUUUCCCAUAGAGAUGCACAUAGGCAUAUGUACGUGUGUGUGUG